CAACCUUGGUGUAUUGGGACAACACUCUAACCAACUGAGCUUCCCUGUUGAUGCCACCUAUGAUGUCAUGAGGCUGGUAGCCAUCAACAUUGCAGCCCGCAGACUGGGCAGUCCCCUGAAUCUCUUUAAUGGUUCCAGAGAGCUCUCUAGCUAAAGAUUGGUGCUGCAUCUGUUGGGCAUUGUUGGCAGUCUCAUCAAAAGUGGUUAUUUCCACUAUGCUUAAUGUUUAUUUGGUUCUUUCUGUCUCUUGGUGUUUCUUUGAGGGCUUUGAUGACCAGGGCAGAUGCACAAGGUACUGCUCAAUCUGGGCCUCUCUGUUCUGAAUGGUCAGUUUCAUUGUAAUCCUCAGACUCUUCCAAUCACUGAUUGCUUUGGCGAUGCCAUCACCAACCUUUAUUGGAUACAGACCCAAGGAGUCGAUCAAUCUUGGGGGUCAGGGCAGACGUGGCAUCAACUUCCCCACUGGUGCAACUUAAGUAUAUGACUGAUCUUGUUGGACUCGAACUUCGGCGGCAUGGGGGAGAUGGCUGGUGUUGGAUGAACCUGGAUUCGGGAUGACUGAAGAAAGUUGCUUAAAGGUCACCUUUGAGCCGAAAACCGAAAGGGUAUAUGGACUUUUUAAAAGCUAAGAUUUUAUAAAGCAGACAUCCGUUCAUAUAGAAAUGCCCGGCUAAAGGUUUGGGUGAAGCUACUGGUGUUUACUAACUGAGCUUCUCUGAAGAACUAUGAGAUAUACUCAUUUGAGGCAUUUCAUAAUUAUGGCUCCAGGUUUUUUUAUCAUACAGCUUUAGUAGUUUUGUGAAAAGAGAAAGGUAUAGUUUUAUGGUUCACAACACUGCUUUCUAAAUUUUUAAGAAUGCUAUGACUUCUUGAUGGACACGGUUCACUCAGCUUAGCCAGUUUGUCUUGAAGUGACUUUAUGAUGAUAAGAUAGGUGUGCUUUUUGACACAUCUUGAGGCAGCUGUAGUGACCUACUUGAAUUUAUAGUAACCCAGAUAUGACUAGUUUUUGAAACUGUGAUUUCAUGUCUGAAGCAGCACUAGUUAUUUCAGGACUGGUAUGUCCCCUGAGCUCCCCCGGCAGUGAGGUGGGCGCAGGCACUGCAGCUGCUCAGUCUCUGUCUAGCCUCAGUCCCAGUACUUGCAGUUCCUGGACUUCUGUUUCUUUCCUUGUGGUUUUAGUUUGACUGUGUUUAGAUGUGUUUUUUAAUUAUGUCAACAAGAAAGAAACACUAUUAGAAGCAUGGUGGAAUGGGGAAGCAUAUUGGGUGUCUCAGAGCUCCUAAAUCUGUGAUUCAAGAAACUAACUUAGGAAAUCUCUGUAAACUAUUACUGAGGUCAUUCAAAAAAUAAAAACAAGCCAAAACCCACCUUUUCAAAAUAUCCCAUGAAACACCCUCUGGGAAAGAAGUCAAGUCCUUGGUGACGCACUCUGCCUAUUGGAAUAAGGAGCAUGUAGCGACCCUAGGACAGUAUUCUCGAUGAACACGAGUGGGGCGUUCUGCUGCAGCAUUGGAUUUCAACUUCAAUCAGCAAUGGAAGCUUUUCCCCCUUGCACUGUCGGUGUCUCUUCUAUUAUAAUUGAACUCACCUAUUCCCUGUUCAAACCAAACAUCUCAAAUUUCUCUCUGGCAGAUUGCCAAGCACUAGUAGUUCAUAUGUGUUGUCUAAUUAGUGGUAUUCUUGUGUUUUUCCUCCCAUUUUUGAAAACAGUCACAGAUGGGCAGUACCCUCAGGGGUUCAUGUGGGCUGAAUUUGGCCUUAUGGUGCUUCUCUACUAGCUUACCUUCCUCAGUUAAAUGGCUUAGACUUCUGAAACAUUGGAACAGUUGGCAGCUGCUGUAGACUUUCCUCAGCAUAAUCAAUGUUGGCCUUCUGUUAGGUACAUGCACGUUUAAUCUCAUUUGAUCUUGUCAUUUCAAAUAUUUUAAUGCAGUUUAUUCUUCAACUAGGUACAUGUGAAGAUUUCUUGGCAGUGUAGAGUGGAAACCAUUGAUCACUGUGCCCUCAUUUCUGCCUGUUCUGUGUUGGCAAGGGAGAGUGCCCAAAUGAGCAAGAUAUCGCAGCAGAACAGUACUCCAGGAGUGAACGGAAUAAGUGUUAUUCACACUCCAGCUCAUGCCAGCGGCUUGCAGCAGGUUCCUCAGCUGGUGCCCGCUGGCCCUGGGGGAGGAGGCAAGGCGGCGCCUCCAAGCAAGCAAAGCAAAAAGAGCUCACCCAUGGAUCGAAACAGUGAUGAGUAUCGUCAGCGCAGAGAAAGGAACAACAUGGCUGUGAAAAAGAGCCGGUUGAAAAGCAAGCAGAAAGCACAGGAUACCCUGCAGAGAGUGAAUCAGCUCAAAGAAGAGAAUGAACGGUUGGAAGCAAAAAUUAAACUACUGACUAAGGAAUUAAGUGUACUGAAAGAUUUGUUUCUUGAGCAUGCGCACAACCUUGCAGACAACGUGCAACCCAGUAGCACUGAAAAUAUGACAAAUUCUGAUAAUGCAGGACAGUAGAUGGCACCCCUCCUGACUUCACUACUUGUGGCUUGAACAUUAAAGGUGUGGCGACCUACACCACUUGUGUCAAUGGUUGAACAUUGUCUUGUUCCCCAAAGAUCCAUUGAAGGUUGUUUUCUAGGAUCAGCACUGAAGAAUUGAUUAGCUAAAAUGUUAGCCAUGUAAUUAGAAUUUCUGGUUUUAAAUGAUACUGGGACAAACAAAUUUUUAAGGUAUAUGGUAAAAAAAAAAAAAAAAAGUCCCAGACCUGGGUGUUCUUAAUAAAUCCUGACUUCCCAAGAAGUGCUUCUUUUUUAGGUUAACAAAAGGAAUGAGGAACUGGCAGGUCACACAGAAAGUUCUGGGUUUUGAUGGAUAUGGUUAAUUGGAUUAAGAGUUGAAUGCUGUUUGUGAUAAUCUAUUUGUGAUUUUAUUCUAAAUUAUGUAUUAAAAAUCCUUAGGGCUAUAGAAACCAAUCACUUUGUAAUUUGGAGUGAUGUUAUGUAUAGCAUAAACCUUGGUUUAGCAUAAGUAUUACUGGUUCCCCAAUAAGUAUAAGUUUUUGAGUAGCAAUGUCAGGUUAAGUAAAGAAACCCCAUUGCAUUUUAAAGGCAGUAUGCAGCCAUUUGGCUUAAAAAUAUAACACUUAGGAAGCAUAUAGGUUUUUAAGAAAUACAAGUAAAGCAUAUUAGAAUUAUGCUUUUGGGAUACCUUUGGGUUAUUGGAUUAGCAUUUUUUUGGUAUCCUUUAAAAAAACACACCAAACUCAGUAGUUUAUAGAAACUUAUGUACUAAAAUUUUAGUUUCUGCAGAUGCUAGUAAAGUAAGCAUUUUUUUUUUUUUUAAAUACCAUUUUGACAACCAACUUAGUAAACAAAAUGUCUUAGUAGUUUAAUCACAGAAGCUACUGAUUAGGAGUUGGAAUUCCAGUUCAGUAGGUAGUUUGACUUGUGUUGAAAUAUCUGCUAUGGGGCCAUGAGUUUUAAAGGCAAAAACUUCCUUUGAAGGACUAUUUGGUGUUUGGACUUAACCAAGUGAUUAUGAGAAAAAUGCAUCAACUCCCAAAAUAAUAGUCUAAGAAAACUUGAAAGUGUAAGGUUUAACCUUUAAUUUAUUUCACUUAAAUACAUCUUUUUAUAUUUUUGUGAUAUUUCUUUUUCGAGUUAGCUGUUCUUCCAGACUUUUUGUACCACUGCUUCUGUUUAGUUAUUUGUAUGCUUUUAUAUCCCAUAAGUUAUUUUAGAAAGAAAAUACUGAUAACACUCAGGAUAUUGACAUUUUUAUUGAGACUAAGAAUAUGGCAAUCAAGUCGGGAAUCUCUAGUCUGAUUUAUAUCAAUGUUGGUAGUUCUGAUUGUCCUUGUUGACUUUAUUUUUAGCAGCACAAUUCUGGCUAAAAUUUGUUGGCUUUGUGGGUGGUUUUUUUUCCUCUUUUAAUUUUUAUUUUUUUGGUGUCUGGGCUGGUGACAAGAGACUGAGUCACGUCUGAUUUAAAAAGUUUUUGUUACCAGGUAUCUCAUUUGAAUGUGGGUUUUUUUUGGCCACAUUGCUGUUUCAUACUAGGACCUGGAACAGUGUAACCAGCAUGUAACUUAAGUUGUCCCCUUGGGUUGGUGGAAGAGCGCUGUCUGUGUUCUUCUGGGCAGAAGACAUCACAGCUCCCUGAAACUCAGCAAAGCCAUUAUUAAGGCCACGAGCCUGCCAUGAGCCCCUUUUGCAAGUGACAGGAACCCACUGUUUUUCCAGGAGAGCUGCUGUCCCAGGAGGGUUAGCUCCCUAUAGAGCCAAGAGACAGAAUAGGGGCUUCUGUUAGGGUCUAACACCAGUUUACUUUGGUUGGACUAUUGACCUACUGGUAAUAGGUGUUUUGAAUAACAAACUAGGAGAUACCCACAGAUCCUACUGACUCUUUAAUAGCUGAUCAAUGUUAUAUAAUUAACCUAAUUGGAGAUGCAGUUAGGUCACUUGAAUCUUUAAGCACCAAUAGUAGGUGUUACAGACAUUUUAAUAUCUUACUAAAAAAUAUCUUUCAGAAAUUGAUGUCUCCAUGGAAUGAAUGUUUACCAGUUAUAUGAAUUGACUUAACUCUCUUAGAAAAGAAGCUUUAGGGAAAUCAUCAGGAGUGUGUACUCAAUAUUUCAAAUCAGAACAUGAAAUUGGGAAUUUGGAAAAAUGAGUUCAAGCUUUCUUGUUACCUAUGCAAAUGAAAACUUGAGCACAAGCAGCCCUUUAUGCAUAGUACAAAAAUGUUAACUAUUGUCUUCACUGUCUUACUGAAGUGUUUGGGAAUGCAAGUUCUUAGUUUGAUAGAUUUAGAUUUAUCAGUAUAAAAUGGAGGGAGAUCAAGUAUGGGGGAUGGGUAAGUUUAGAGCUUUGGGAACUAUAAAAUGACUUCUGUAACUUUUGUUCUGUAGGUUACUUAUGGAACCAUUAGGAUUUGAUCUGCCUUUGCUGGCAGGUCCUGUUGUUUAGGAACUAGGCUUCAGUAUGUAAGUUUCUAGCUGUACCUGAGUCUCCCAGAUGGGUGCUUUGACUGGUCUUGGCUGCAAGUGGUGAGAUCAAGAGCAGCUCUUCCUGGUGUCUGGCCCCUUUCAGUUUUGGGGAUGUGAGCUCAGAUACUUUGGACAUUCUUACUAAGAAGUAGUAAGAUUUUAAUAAAAUAUGACCAGAAGAGGGUCACAUGACCAGUCACGAGUAUGAAAUUCUCAAAUUUACAUAAAAAAGUAUGUAUAACUUGAUAAUAAAGGAAAUCAUAGCAGUUUUUGCUAUUUCUUAAUCCCCAUUAGAGACUUGAAACUAUGUACCUGAACAACCCAGUUAGCACACAAGUGCUUUUUGAUGCCUUAGAAAUAGGAAAUCAUUUUUUGUUUGAUAAAAGCUAGGAAGGAGGGAAUCCAUUCUACAGCUGUUAGACCUGCCUCUCAGGAAAAAGUACUUAACUCGUUCUUUUUGUUCCUGGCUUUCCUCAGUUUGUGAGAAUACUCUAUUUUUUUAAAUAUAAUUUUAUUUCUUUCAAUGAAUUUGAAAUAAAAAAACUUUGGAAUAAUGACUA